AUGAAAGGUUUUAAAAGUUUCCGUAUCCCAAACUCGCGCGGCAACUCGCGCGGCACCUCGGACCGCGAGUCACCCAACAACAUCAUCGAGAUCUCGCCUACCGGCGACGUUAUUCUUGCCGUUGGCGAAGGCGACCAGCAAAAGCGCCUACGCGUCGAAUCUGCCGUCCUCUGUCACAGCUCAAAGGUAUUUGCGGCCAUGUCCUCCCCCCCUUGGGUUGAGAGUGAGGGUCUCGGCUCAGCGGCCCCCAAGGAAAUCCGCCUGCCGGAGGAUAGCUUCGAGGCGAUGAAAGCCAUCUGUUAUAUCGUCCACUCUCAAAACAGCCUCGUUCCUGUCUCGAUGACAGCGCAAAAGUUUCUCAACGUCGUACUCCACGUCGACAAGUACGAUCUUGGGCGGGCUCUCCAAGCUACAAGAGAGUCAUGGUGGCGUCGGUUCCUGAAUAUCGUCGACGGCCUGAGUGAGGUGGAUUUAAUCCACCUGAUUGCGGCGGCGCACUUGCUCAAGGAAGAUACCAUGUUUCCCAAGCUCACCAUUUGUCUCGUGGUGAGAAAUACCUCCACGGACACCUACACCGACUUCAUGGAAGACCCGUUUCUGGCGGAUCUGCUACCUGCAAAGCUUUUCGGUAUGUAUUUCACAAUAUGUGUCCCCAAACCAAAGGUGCUUGAAGUGCUCGGAAGCAUGCCUAUAUCAUGUAUCUACGAUGUUGGACCCAUCAAGGCUAACCAAGUCGGUGACUCACUCUAG